AUGGUAUAUCCGAAUGGUGGCUGCGGUGGCGUUCUCAGUACGACAUGCAAGACUGCUACAGCCGCAGACGCAAAGAGACGUGGCAGCACUGAAAUGAAGACCGUAAGACUUUUUGAAGAUUUGCGCCUUGUUUAUGAUGUGCGAAGCGGCCCAGAGACCUGCUUACGCGCAUCCCAGUCUAGUGAACGCCACGUUCAAUAUUUGAAUUCUGUCUUACCUGUUUGCUUUUCUCGUCGUCGCAAAGGUUGCGUGUACUGGCUCCUGUCAGAUACGCGUUUAAAGAGCCCGACUGAGGAAGAGAGAGUGGAGUACGAAAAUGUUGAAUGUCUUAGAUGCCUUAUCUCCGGCUGUGUCUCAAUUGAAAAGAAGCAGAUCUGCUUCAAGCAGAAGCCCGAGUCGCGCAUUGAAACAUUUUUCUAUUUAGAAUCGAACAAUCUGAUCAUGACAUCGUCCGGUCUCGAUCCGCCGUUGCUGCUUGACAGCUUCAGCGCGCGAGUCCUUCUUGGAGGACUCCUAUUGGCGGGUAUUGCUUACACUCUGUACCGACUGAUGCUGCCUCAACCCUUGGAAGACAUCCCCUACAACCUCUCUGCCACCAAUCGCAUCUUUGGUGAUCUUCCAGACGUCAAAGCGUAUGGCAGCUUGACCGACUGGCUCGCAACACAGACGAUCAAGCACAACUCGCCACUGUUCCAAGCAUUUAUCCGUCCUUUUGCAAAACCGUGGGUUGUUGUCGCUGAUCAUUAUGAGGCUUCGGAAAUCUGCAUGCAUCGCCUGAAAGAAUUUGACCGGGGUGCAGCGAGCACUGGUCUCUUCCACUGUGUUGUGCCGGGGGCGCAUAUCACGCUGAAGAGCUCAGAUCCUCAGUUCAAAAAGAACAAGGAACUUGUCCGAAAUUUGAUGACACCAUCUUUCCUCAAUGAGGUGUCUGCGCCAGAGAUCUAUGACAAAUUCUCGCGACUAGUAGAACUUUGGAGCCUUAAAGCUGAAUACGCAGAUGGAAACUACUUUUCAGCUGCAAAUGAUGUUCACAACGCUGCAUUGGACAUUAUUAUUUGCGCUGCUUUUGGACUGGACACCGAAAAAACACAGCUGGUGAAGGAAAUACAGGAACUCAAGCCACACAGCGAUCCAGCAACGAUCAAGAAUGACGAUGAGUUUCAGUUUAAGCCGGUUUUUCUCAACGAAGAUUUAAAUGCCCUGGCGAUCGUCGGCGAGAGUGUUGCUAAAGUCAUCAAGACGCCAGCGCCGCUUAUCUUUCACUUUCUGUAUCGAAACUUGUCGAGCAAGUGGAAGAAGGCUUUCACUCUUGCUAGUCAAUUGCAAGAGCGAGAAAUCGCAAAUGGCAUCAAGCGACGAAGAAAUGGAGAAGCCAUGAAGUGCGCUUUGGAUGAGAUCUCGGUUCGAGAGGAGGCUAUGGCUAAGAAGGAAGGAAGGGCACCCGAUUAUUACUCUCAGGUCAUAACCAGCGAGUUAAUGACAUACUUGAUCGGAGGACACGAAACUACCUCUUCGGCAAUACGAUGGGGCCUGAGCUUCAUCAGCGCUGACCAAAGAGCUCAGUCUGAACUCCGACACGCUCUUCAACAAGCUUAUCCCCAAGCCAAAGCUGAACACCGCGCUCCUUCGUUGGCCGAGAUCCUCCAAACCCGCGUCCCUUAUCUCGAUGCUGUCGUUGAAGAGAUCCUUCGUCUCGCAUAUCCACUCGGCAUGUCUCUGCGAGAAGUCCAGGUGGAUACUCAAAUUCUUGGUGCCCAAGUUCCAAAGGGGACCACGAUUGUCUUUCUGUCAAAUUGUCCGAGCGUGCUGUCACCUCCGAUCGAUUAUAAUGAGGAACGAAGUAGUGAAUGGGUUAGAUCUCGUCGACCUAAGGAGCCGUUUGGCAAAGACUAUGAUUUUGCAGGUUUUAUACCUGAAAGGUGGUUAAAGACGGUAACAAGCAGUGAUGGAAAGGAAAAAGUUGUUUUUGACUCCCAAGCUUUCCCCAUUCAGGCUUUCGGGUUAGGUCCUCGUGGCUGUUUUGGAAGAAGAAUGGCAUACCUAGAGAUGAAGAUCUUCUUCACUCUUGUGAUUUGGACAUUCAAGCUACUGCCAUUGCAACCUCACCUUGCAACGCCUAAACCAGUGUCUUCCUUAACCAGAAACCCCGAUAAGGUCUUUGUCAAACUACAAAAGGUUGUUAUAUAG